AUGUACGCAGGAGUGAAUCACAGUGCUAAAGAUCUAGAGGAGUUAUGGAAAAAUUUGAAACUAACAGAAGAGGAGGAAGAGGUGGUAGAGAUAGAGGGCUGUGGGAACGAAGAUAUACGACGGAAAGAUGAACUAAGUCUGAUUGGGAGAGUAUGCUCGGAUAGGGUGAUAGGGAAAGACCUGAUAAGCAAUACCAUGGCAAGGAUAUGGAGGAUCGGUAAGAAGGCUUCUUUCCAAGAAGUUGGGAAAAAUACCUAUGUUAUUACUUUUGGAACACAUGCGGACCUACAGAGAGUAUUGGAAGGAAAGCCUUGGUUUUUUGAUAAUGCUAUGUUUCUCCUCAUGCUAUAUGACGGAAAAAUGAAACCGGGGAAGAUAGCUUUCGACAGUGAAGUUUUCUGGAUGCAAAUCCAUAACUUACCCUUAAGUUGCAUGUCGGAGGAAUGGGGUAACAGAAUAGGGAAGACGGUGGGCAAGGUGGUAGAUGUAGAUACGCAAGAGGAUGGGACUGGAUGGGGUAGAUGGUUAAGGGUAAAGGUGGAGAUAAAACUUAGGAAACAAAUUGCCAGGGGCAGAUUCAUAAGUGUCCAGAAUGCUAAACACUGGGUUCUAUUUCGAUACGAAUCUUUACCAAAAAUUUGUUUUCAGUGCAGCUGGCUUCUUCAUGAUGAUCAGGGGUGCCAAGCGAGCAAAGAAAAUCAGAGAGAGGAGGACCCCGAUGGAAAGCCACAGUUCAGCCCAUGGCUUCGGGCUGAGAUGGCUCCUAGACGUUGGUCUGGCCAAGCGCGUUAUCCAAGCGAUAUGGGAGCAAGGGAGAAAUAG